CAUGCGUCUGUGGUCUGUGUGUGAGUUCGGGGAUAGCUUGUUAUUGUGUGAUGAUAACUUGAAAUUAUCUUACAGAUACAUGUUGGCUGUUGAAUGUCUUCUGUUGCAUAUGAUGUUGUUUUUGAUGGAUACGACCCCAACAAGGCUCCCAAAUGUCCCCAUGGACCUGCAUUACUGUUUGAAAGAUUUUGUGCAGAUACUGGCACCUUCUUUAGAUUUUUUGCAUGCUCAGCCAACCGUGACCGUAGACACUGCAAAUUUUACCAGGUUGCUGACGAGCCAGUUCCAGAGGAAAAGGUUAAAAAGAGGAAGAUAUUCAAUGCGGACCAGCAGCCUAAAUAUGACCAUUUAGAAUCUGUUAAAAGGUUUAAAUUGCUUCAUCAGCUGCCUGAAAAACAGAGGAUAUUCUGCAAGUCAUGCUACAAACUGAUGCUUCCAGCAGAAAAGUUGAAACACAACAGUAAACAUGACUUACAAGUAGGACUUACGUCAGAUCAACUUUGCAGACCUAGCCAACUACUUUCACCCUUGGAGAAUAACUCAACUAAUGCUCAAUAUUUGUUUUCUGAAAAAGCAACAAAAUUCAUCCUAGAUACCAUACAACACAUGAGAUAUGACAGAGUUCUAUGUGUUGGUGCUCCACGAAUACAUGAAGCUAUACAGAAUGACGGAGGACACAAGUUAGACAGUUUGUUGUUAGAUAUUGACCAUCGAUAUGUACAGUUCUACCCACCUGAUAAAUAUUGCAGAUACAAUAUGUUCAAUAAUCAUUUCUUUGAUGGUGAAAUAAGCAGGAAUGUUUUCAUUGAAUUUUUACAUCGCAACAAUGGCAAGGGCGUAAUCAUGGUAACCGAUCCUCCAUUUGGUGGACUAGUAGAUGUACUUGUUAAUAGUAUGAAGAAGGUGCAAGAAUGUUGGAGGCAGGCAAAAAAACAAGACAAGGAAACAGAACUGCCAAUCUUGUGGAUUUUCCCAUAUUUCUUAGAGCCAAGAAUACUUCAGAGUUGGCCAACGUCCACCAUGUUAGAUUAUAAGGUUGAAUAUGAAAAUCAUGACGUUUUUAAAAGUGGACCAAAUUCAAAAUCAAAGAAGAAAGGAUCACCAGUGAGAAUUUUUACUAACAUCCCUGCAAAUCUCAUUCCACUUCCUGCAGCAGAUGGGUAUAGGUUCUGCAGUGUAUGUGAUCGAUUUGUGGCUAAGGAGAAUAAACACUGCGCCCUGUGUAAUUCUUGCACUUCAAAAGAUGGCUCUACGUACCGCCACUGUCACCAGUGCAACAGGUGUGUCAAGCCAAUAAGGAUUCAUUGUCAGACCUGCAAACAGUGUAUGCUGCCAAAUCACAAGUGCAAUGACCUCAGGACAGGCUGUCAUAUCUGUGGAAAGUUGAACCACAAACGUAAAUACUGCCCUCAUAGGGAGAAAAAAUUUGGUACGUCAGACAGUAAGCUUAGCACGAUAUCAAAUGAUUCUGAAACAUUUGCAAAGGGGAUGGAACACAGCAUGACGCAAAAAAAUCGCAAACGAAAAAUGGGUGAUGAAACCGGUACAUUUCAAAUAUCAACUUCACUGGAAAGUAAUUCAAAACAGACAUCAUGUUGUAACAAAGACAACGAUGUAGUUUUAAAGAAAACCAGUGUAAAAGGCCCAAAAUUAGGCCAAGUAUCCAGGACUGUUUUUAACAAGACUUCUAAAUGGCCAAUGAGAUGCAAGGUAUCAGCUAGCCAAUGUUAUAGAAGAAAGAAGAUUAUGCAAAUAUGAAAAGAUGUCCUUUGGAAGAUUAAUAAAUAGUGGAAAUCGAUCAA